GCGGCGCUAGUUUAUUUGCAAGAAACGAAGGUGGACAGAGCAUGUCGCGCCAGGUUUUUAAGUAAAUUUCAAGGAAACCACUUCAUUAAAAUGUCCUUGCAAGAUCGUAAUCCGUCACCACCUUUGGGAGAUGAGCUGAACAUCGACCCUGCGAUCCUGCAUGCGGACACCAUAGGGGACACAGUCUUCAGCAAGCGAUGGGUUUUUGCAACUCUCAUGAAACUUCUAAAGGAAGUAGAAAAGGAACCUGAGGGAAAGUCACCACAGGAGCUGGAUGCAGCAAAGGCUCAUGGGAUAGAUAUUGACGAGGGCCUGGAGACUGACUUGUGCAAGUUGUGGGACAUGACAGCCAAUCAGGAUGUUGCAAAAUUUCUCCACGAGUGGAAGUCAUUGGACAUCUUGACAAGUGUUAUUGAGCAGACCACAGCACCUCGGGCCACUGAGAUUUGCAUGGGUAUUCUGGCCAACAUGGCUUGCAGCGGAGACAUUGCGGAUUACAUCAGCCGUAGUGACAAGAUCAGGUCCUUGACGCUGGAAUUUCUUGGAAGCAGUGACACCCAGACCCUCAUUCAGACCACCAGGCUUCUCCUGACCUGUUUGUCCUGCAAGCUGGAGGACACUGUGGGAUUGUGGCUGCAAGAAAUCACAGAAGAGUUUUGCUCCAAGCUGUCCUUCGUCUUACAAAGCUCCACUAACAUCGAGCUCCUGUACAACGUGGGCUUCAUCAUAAGGACACUGUUCUCACUGGAUGAGACGCUGGUGCAGGAUUGGACAGACAGUGAGCAGAUUGUCAGCAUCAUCGAGGCCCUGAAGCAAGUCAAGUCUGAUGGGAAAUCAACAGCUGGCCAAUCACGAACCAUCUCCUUGCUUCUGAGCUGUUUAGAAAUCAUUGUUGCCGAUGAUGAUGGUAUGACCAAUCUUGUAUCAGCCAGUGACACUGUCCUGCCCCUGUUGACGGACUUCCUGUGGAGCUUCUGCGAGGAUGAAGUGGUGACCGUAGAGGGCAGCGAGGGUAGUCUGGCCUCCACCAUCUACAUUGUUGAGGUUGUCAUGGCAAAUAUGGAAGGCCUAAAUGACAUCGUGGACACCCUGAACAAGUAUCCCAAGCUUUUGAAAGGUGCUGUUGAAAUAUUUGCCUCCCUCUACUCACAGAAGGCAGCAACUAAAGAAAAUGCUCUUGCCGACCCAAAACAGGAUUUGCCAGGCAUAAGCAUGUCAGAGUCAAAUGAUCAAGAAACUCGCGACAAACAGUUGACAUCCUCAACAACUGGUGACUCUAGUAAUGGAGCGCAAACGAUCCCAGAGAGAGAGUCAGAUAGGGACAAAAAGGGUGAGUCGGACACAACAACAGGUGUUCAGCCGUCCAAGGCAAAUUCGGAGCAACUCGUAGACACUGAAGCUACUGCCACAUCGCCGGUAAGGCAGAGCUCCAAAUCCAACGAGGCACUGGUCGAGGGACAUGCUGACGCCAGUGACAACUCGAGUGGGGAUCACGACACAGUGGAUGAGAGUCAUGACAUUGAGCGGAAGGAGCUGUCUGACAAUCUAUUGUCCUUCUUUGUGUUCCUGUUGCGGGAGUCAGGGGGCGGUGCAUCCCAGUCGCAGGUCGCGAAGUUGCUGAGGGACGCCUGCGGCCACAAACACCGGUCGGUCGUGAGGCAAGGGAUGGCCCAGACCAAAGCGAAUCCUGAAAUACAACAACUUCUCGCAGCUACGCUUGGAGAAAACACAUGAAGCCGUAUAAUCUUGACGUCGAACGCCUUGCUUAUUUUAUUAACUUGUACAGUGCCACCUGUUAAUACAGUUAAGUAGCAGUUUUAACGAACACACCUGGUGUUUGUUAAAAAGAGGAAAAGUCAUGUUUUAGUAAGCCAUGCAUCGAGGAAAAUCUGUGUGGCUGCCCCAAAAUGGAGCCUUGGUGGCGCACUAUUGUGAAACACCCGUAUUGUGAAUUACUACUUAAGGCUUACAAGUGCAUGUAAAAUGAUUCACUCAAGACCACGUUUUGCGAGUCAAAAUGUGUCAUGCUGUUACUGUGGAAUUGCCUUAAUACUUGAUUAGAGAAUUCUACACGGAGGUAUUCCUUGUCCUCUUCAUUUGACUUUAGUCAUUUCUCAAUUUUCCUCACUCACUUUCUUUUAUAAUUGACAGUUCAGAUUUCAAGAGGAGGACAUGCACUGUAUGCGCACACUUCUUCUGACAGUGCUUACAUUUACCAGGCGACAUCCUCGACAAAAGAAUAGUUCAACUUCACCCUGUUAUUCUUUCGCUUAUCAGUUGCUGUUCACUGCGGAAAAGACGUCACGUUUCCCUUACCCUACCGAGCGACUUAUUUGUGUGUUUUUUUCACAUUAGUCAUCAAUUCGUAAUUGGUCACCGUGUCUUACAUAAACGGGAGACACAAAAUUACUUUGCUUUUCUUACGCAUGUAGCCUGGUCGGUUAUAGGAAGUAAAAGGCACACAAAACAAGUUGGUAUCUACAAAAAAAGUACAUUUAUAUGAAACCAUUCAGAUGGUUUACUUUAACUACAAUAAAGUCCCUGGAUCAAAGAUACGAGUUUUUCAAAAAUAAAUUUACUUUUCAACCUAAAACAAUUGUUAAUGGGUCAUCUGUUACAAUUUCUACUGUGGUUACCACAGCGUGUUCUUAAACCUCCUUAUGAUGCAUGUAGUUAUUUACAAUAUCAUUUAUUUCAUGCGUGUUCCCAUGCACGUUAGUUUAACUUUCUGUUUCAACAUUACGCAUAAACAACCUUGAAUUCUCGUUGAAGUAUUAAACCUUUCCUUUUUUCGCAGCCA